GCCCUGGCCGCCUCCCCCGGGGCGGCCUCCGGGCUGCGGGGCCUAUAAAGGCGGAGGGUUUUCUCAAUGAAGCUGGGACCCGCACGCUCCUGCCCAGCGGCGCUGCCUGGAGCGGGUGCAUCGCGGUCCCCGCCGUCCAGCGGACAUGAAGCUCAUCGUGGGCAUCGGAGGCAUGACCAACGGCGGCAAGACCACUCUGGCCAAUGGCCUCCGCAACUCACUGCCCAACUGCUGUGUGAUCCACCAGGAUGACUUCUUCAAGCCCCAAGACCAAAUAGCAGUUGGGGAGGACGGCUUCAAACAGUGGGACGUACUGGAGUCCCUGGACAUGGAGGCCAUGCUGAGCACCGUGCAGGCCUGGCUGAGCAACCCUCAGAAAUUCGCCCGCGCCCACGGGGUCAGCACCCAGCCCGGCGCCCCAGACAUUCACAUCCUCCUCCUGGAAGGCUUCCUGCUAUACAAUUACAAGCCCCUGGUGGACUUGUACAGCCGCAGGUACUUCCUGACCGUCCCGUAUGAAGAGUGCAAGUGGAGGAGAAGCACCCGCAACUACACCAUCCCCGACCCUCCUGGCCUCUUUGACGGCCACGUGUGGCCCAUGUACCAGAAGUACAAAGGAGAGAUGGAGGCCAGUGGCGUGGAAGUGGUGUACCUGGACGGCCUGCGGCCCCGUGAGGAGCUGCUCCGUGGGACCCUGGAGGACAUUCAGAACUCGCUCCUGAACCGCUCCUAGGCACUGCGCACGGGGCAGCACGGGAUGGCCAGGCCAGCACCUCCUGGCCCCGCACCGCGUGGCCGAUUCCUUUGGGUGUCUGUACCUGGGAGAGGGACACCCUCUUGGAGGUGGCAGCUGGAGUCCAGCCCCAACACCUUCACACCCUCACCUCAACCUGACGAUUAAACUCAGUCCUGUUUUUAUAA